AUGGGAAAUAUGGUAACUCAUCUGGCUGAUUUGGAGUCGUAUAUUGCCCGGAUCCAUUGGAGCAGCUCAUUAUCGGCAUGGCCUUAUACCAAUAAUUCACAAAAUUCUGAUUCAGUUCGAAACCCCAAUUCUCCUUUGAAUUUAAGGGAUGAUCACUACUCCAAACUUUGCGACUUGUCUCGUUUUAGUUACUCAAGAGCCUCAGGAACACCACCAACGGAUAGAUUGAAUUGCAGUAGGAUAGGACUAAGCAUCCUAUUUUCACUAGUUAAUGAAAUCAAUCCAUAUGAGGAAAUUAUUAACUCCUCCAAGAAUAUAGUUUUUCGACAACAGUUCAAUAUGAAUGCCAUCACAUCCUUCAGCCAUCUAAAUUUAUACUUAGAUUCUUCCGUUAGAAGUAUCGAGGUAUCAUCGCGCUUAGGUGGCUUAGAUGCUAAUUCUAGGCGUUGCGAUCAAGUUUCACCUUGUUUGUUUGGUUCCAGUAACCUUUCAUACAACCAAAACCCUAAUGCAAGUUCCAAAACUAGUUCCCAGAACAAAGAUACCCCAUGUCCUAUAGCCAGUCCUCUUCAUCGAAGCUUUUUUGAUCUUACUUUGGAAGAGAUGGAACAAUUAGAAGAAUAUACCCGUAUAAGUUUUCAUGGUCCAAACCGUAAAGUAACCCACAUUUUCUGUGACUAUAUUUUCGAAUGUCAUCCAAGCGACUUGUCCAGUUUCACUGAGACAAAUGGGCAGGUUGGCGAAUCGUAUCAAGUAGCUAAUCAAUGGGGCAGUUCAAUUCGUAAUCUCAGAGAUGACUUUCUGAAGAAUUGUUACACAUGCAAGAAGAAUUUGGAGGGAAUAGACAUAUACAUGUACAGAGGCGACGGAACAUUCUGCAGUUAUGAAUGCCGCUAUGAGGAGAUUUUGACCGAUCGUAUAAGAGAGAUAGAAAGAGAAAUGGAGAAAAGGUCAAACGAAAAAAGUCCCCGCUCAAGCAACGACAGAAUUAUCUUUCUACUCGAUGAUGAGCUUCUUGGUCCACACAUUUAUGGAUGA